GAUAGCGGCGGCUUUGCAUCCGCGUCUACUUUGGACUGGCCCGGGGAACGCGUCUCGCCCGGCCCGCUGUGGAGCCGUCUUCAGGAGCUGUUUGGACUCCUCAAUCUUCCGGGGGCUCCUAGCCGAGACGCCUUUGCAUCGCCUGCCGCUGACCCUGCUGUUAAGCCGACCCGAGCCACGUUGUCCAAUGCUUCGUCCCCAUGCGGCGCUGAGGCUCCCAGGCUCCCGUUCCUCCGGGACCCCUGGGUCCACCGCCGCUCCGACCCCAUGGAGAGGGGUCCGGGCUCCUCGCCGGCCUCGCUAGGGGAGGACGGAGACACCGUGACGAACACAGCGACGACCAAGACCCAGAUCCAUCACGCCCAGGUUCAGCGAGUUCGAGCAGAGUGCGCAUCGUCGGCGGAAUCCGCCGCCGGCGGCGUCGCGCGCGGAGCAGACAGGCGCGUGCGGGAGCGCUGCAACCGUGCCAGAGCCCUUGCCCACGGCCAUGCCCUUGCGCGUGGGGCUCUCGCGCGCGCAGGGCAGGGAGGAGCGGCUGAGACGCACCCCGUGCGCGCGCGCUCCAGGGAGUUCUCCAUUAAGGAGACCAACUUCGCCGACGGGGGAUUGAAGCUAAAGAUCCAGAGCACGGCGAAGAUCCAGGGGCAGCAGCAGCAGGGGCAGCGGCAGCAGCAGGGGCAGCUGUCGGGCCAGCAGGCGAGGCGCCGUGGCAUUACCAUCACCAUCAAGCCCACGAACCCUCCACGGGCGAGCACGGGGAAGACAUCAUCAUUAUCUUCGUCGUCGUCGCCGCCAUCAUCAUCAGCGCCAUCGUCAUCGACCAGCGCCUCCUGCUGCGCCUCGUCUGGCUCCGUCAGCUGCUCCGGCUCGUCCAGCAGAGCGGUAAAGAGCUGCGCACACGGGGCUUCUGUCGUGAGUUUCACUCUUGGAAUUCAGUGCGUUGUGCCUGGCCGCCGGUACACGCACACCUGUGCGGCGCUGUGCAUGUUAUUGUGUUACAGGCUGGGUGGCAGGCCGUCCUGAUGGACGGGGCAAACCUUUGUAAAUUACAUUGCUUAAAACGGUAUUGAAUGAGCGACCUGAAUGCAUCAUUAAGCUUGGUGCUCAGCCACCCCGUCACGUUUGAUCGUGUCAAGUUAACCCUUAGCAGGAACGCUGCGUUGCAUCUGGAGGUACUGAUCGUGUGACCCGGACGUGCGUUGUCCCAACUGUAAAUGCUUAAACAAAAACAAAACACGGAAUGGGAAGCGAGUUUAGAAGUUUCUAAAACAUCCCGUGAGAUUAAUGCCGUGAACAUUUGUUUUGAGUGGGAAGUCGGUAGUAGUCCUUAGGUAUUGAUAGACUGCUUUCAGACAGAGGUAUGUGGAAAUUCUCACCUCUGGCUCAGGGCAUUCCACCAUCACCGACUAAGGGCUGUCAGUGGGAGUCGGCUGUGGGCAUUUCAUAUUAACCACUUGCUCUCGCCUAUAGGGCACUAAGAAAAGUCAUCACCCCUCUCAGGGUUCAUGAGGUGAGAAGGAUUAUUUUUGUGGUCAUGAGAUGGUGCCUGGUUUUUGUUGGCACGAAGCUGUUAGCAUUAGUGCUGAGCGUCAGAAGUAAAAAAAAAGUUACCCUCCUGUGUAGAUCUCUCGCAGUCGCACCGAUGUACAGCUCUCGGAUUUGCUGUCGGGUUGUACCGCUUGUACAUGAUGUCCGACGUUUUGCACCACGUGCUGAAGGAUUUUUUUAGGUACUGAAUGGAAAGCCCAUUAAUUGAUGUUAUAAAGGAGCUCCGAGCACGUGCAGGGAAACAUUGCUCCCAAAGACACAACCCGAAACCACAUUGCAGGGCUGAAGUGACACUUCUAACAUGUUGACACGUGGCUGAGGUGGCAGCAGUGGUAGUGGUGGUGGUGGGCGGUUUAAGCUGAAAUAAUUCCCCCAACCAAACCCGAGGGAUGAUGUUCACCAACAGCGUAGCGUGGUUGGCAUGAGCCCUGGUGUGCAUGGUGCAUGGAUUGAAUUGAGGCCCCCAGUCCAAUAUGCUCCCGUCCGCUCAUCAUAGCCCGUUGCCUGUGCCCCUUCAGCCCUUGGCGUAGUGUUUUUGGCAUGGGCCCUGGUGCAUGGAUUGAAAUGGGGCCCCCUGUCCAAUAUCCCACAACCCCCGACCUCAUCAUAGACCGGCGCCUGGGCCUCUCAGCCCGUGGGGCUCUUUGCAUUUGCACCGCACACACGCUGCAUAGCCAUGCCGCUGAUGUUGACACUGACGCAUCGUGGCUGUUGUGCAGAGAGCGAAGUCGGGAACGCUGACGAUCGCGGCCCAGCCGCCGUGUUUAUUUUUGUUGGAAAAUCAGAAACUGGGGUCCUUUCAAACGCUGUGAACCCCCACGGUAGGGGGUGGAGAGAACGCGCGUGAACCAUGAGCUGUUUACAUUUCUUCCGUUAACGAUACAUGCGGUUACCGUCACCGUUCAGUGCGGUCUACGUUUUGAACAUUCCAGAAAUUUUACCCUGAUUGGGGGGGGUCGGAGCGGCGGUGGAGUAGUUUCACGCAGUGCGCUGCGAACCCGGGGUGACCUGAGUUUUAUUCCUGUCCUUGGCUCACAUCAGUGGUGGGCGAUAUCUAUAGCGAGCUCUACAGGCCCCCUUUUGACCAAAUGGUACUGACUGACCAUCGUGGUGAAGUAAGGUCAAAUCUUCACGAUUUGACACGGUGUAAGGAGACCUUCAAAUAAUGGAAGUAAUUUUUUUAAAAAUACAAUUGUCGUUGUUCAUGAAUGCCACAAAGGAAAUAUUGUACUGUGUUAUCCAACUGGGCGGGUCGGUGGAAGAGUGCGUGGCCUCUAAUAAUAAGGUUACGAAUGCAAAUCCUGGUUGGGAUUGACUCAUCAUCCCGCCAGGGUCGAAAAAAACAAGUACUAACUUUGCGGUUACAAUUUAACAGUGGUUGUCCCAUGGAAAUACUCAACUCUGCCAUAAGAAUGUCAUUGUUUUUUUUCAUCACUGCCUUAGGGAAGUGAAAAAGGAGACGAGUGACAUGCCAGACUCAAUUGAGUGGGGAAACUACUUAGAUAUUUUUGUAAUUUUUUUAAUCGUUUUUUUAAACGAACUCACAAAAAUCAAUGAUAAGAAAAAAUAACCGUGCACUUUUUUUCCCCUUGGUGCGGUUAUGGUGAUAGUAUCAGUUUCAUGAGGGCUUUUAUUAAGAUUUCCAAGUCCCACAUAUGGCCUGGCUUAAGGUUGCAAUUAAAUGGCUGAGCAGGAUAUUUGAAGGGAGGGAUUAGGCAGGAUUACGGCAAAUGAUGUGAAAUACAUAAUAUAUUGAUAUGAAUGCACUUUUGACUGCCGAUGAGAGGCAAUCCACUGAAUUCUGCUGGUUAUUAUGGGUGUGCGGCUGGUGUUUUUACUCCCAGUUUUGGCUAAUCAUUUUAGACGCGUAGUACAAAAAAAUUACGCGUCCUGUUGGGAAAGCCCAGCCUCAACAAAUGAGACCCAUAACCUCGUUAAUGCCCUCAAAGAGUGGUGAUGGAUUUAUUUUUCACCGGUGCUCACUGCCAGAGCUGAAAAUAGAUCUAACGGAGCCGAGCAGUCUUGGGACCGGACUCGUGUUGACAGAAGACGUGUAACAAAUCACCCCCAGGCGAAGAAAACAAAAAAAACGCAUCCCACUAACGAACACGGUAAAACGUGAACAUCAUUAAUUUUUUGAUAUUCGGUCAAAAUAGGUUCCUAUUCGCACUCAAGUGAAUGAUUCGCAAGUGGAGGUAAGCCCAGACGUGAUGGGUUUUCUUCCGAUCGCAGGCAGUUAUAAAUCGGGGGGGUUCCUCCCGUAAACACAGCAAGUGAAUGGUAGUGCCCUUUGUCGACAGUGGCCACUACGGAGAAAUCUUUCCUUUUCGGAGAACGGCUCAUGUUCGUCGACCUAAAAACGAAGACAUUUCCAUUCAAAUUGCCUCCUCUCGCUUUCUGUUCAUGGGCAACCCGGUCAUUGCUCGAAUGCGUCUGGCUGCUGGUGAUGUUACGUCUGCAGGCGAUGGUGGCUUCUUAAGAAAAAAAAGGGGGGGGGGUUGUGGGGGGUGGAACAAACCUUCUUGUGUGAAAGCGUGUUGUUCACAUUAUCUGGCCAGCUGCAGUUGCACUCACGAGACGGCGCGGAGCGGCAGGGUGGCGGUCUCGUGGCGCAGAGCCGUCUAGGAAUGGCCAGUCUCGCUCCCUCCGAGCGCGCACCCUCGCAAUCCGGUUUUCAGCGCUUACUUAACGCAGGAGCCGGUGGUGAUUUGCCCCCCCCCUCUGACCCCACACUUUCGAAAAUAACGCAAUCGCCUCAGGGGGGGGGGCUCUCCAGGUGACGAUGUAAUGUUGGCUUAACCAAUGUCCGGUGCUGCCCAGUGUUUAACCUUGUGUGUGUGUGUGUGUUUUACACUAUUUGCGGUAGUGACAACAAAUUGAGUCCGUGUUUGUAUAGCCCUGCGUCGCACUUAGCGCUUCUUAGUCGGGGCCCCGGCGAGGCGAGGCUGUGCGUCCUGGCCGCCCGUGCGACAGGUUCAAAGGGGUCGCCACGCGGGGUGUCCCCCUCGCUCUUCUCGCCGCGGCCCCCUCCCAAGAUGCCGUUAGGCCGCCCGGGUGAGCACGGUGGACGGUGGCCGCCCGGUUGCGCACGGUUGGGCCCCGUGCACGCGUGCAACAGCGGUGGGUCCCUGCGUUAUCGUCUUCGCCGUUGCUCUGUGUUUCGCGCUCGCCGUGGCUCUGUCGCCUGUGCUUUUUUCAGGAGCAACUUUCAGGCUAAUAGACUGAACGUUCAGGCUAAAAGACCCGACGGUGGGAUGGGGGGGGGGUUGGACUUCGCUGUCACAUUAACGGCGCUAUGAACCCAGCAAACUGCGUUUGAUUCCCGACCACGGCUAUAUCGUCAGUGGCACAAAUGACUUCUGAACCGUCCAUUGUGGUUACCCGCGUUUUCACCAACCUGCACUUGACCAAUUUGACAAAAUCCGUUCACAUCCCCCACCCAUGACCGACAGGACACGGGGAGGCCUUCACUUAAGCGGCGGAGUGACAACACAAUCCAAAUUAUUAUGCGAGACAGAGAGAUAUGCAGAGGAAGAGGGAAGGAUGUGUGAAUAUAUAACAUACAUACUUACACGUAAAACUAAAGUAUAAAAAUAAUUACGCUAUUUAUUUAUUUCUUGAGCUAACCGGCAGUGGCUCUGCAUGAUGAAGCUGUUUGGAAGAGAGUGAGUCACAGGCAGCAACAGCACAGCCUUUGAUAUGGUAAUGAUCCCACUGAGCCGAGGGCGCCUCUGGCAGUGGCUGUGUGAUGUUUCUAUUGCGUUUGUUUGCCCCAGAGUUGC